AUGGCGGCGGCGGCGGCAGCACAUGUUGAUGUCCCUGCGGCGGAGAGACGAGCUUUACCGGGGAUUAAAGACGCAAAAACAGCGUCCAGAUGCUGCCAUUGGUGCUGCUCUCACGUUGAGUUCAGUCUGGAGGAUCAGCAUGAAGACACUCCUCCUCAAAAACUCCAUAAGAGCCGCAGAUCCGCUCAGAUCAGACUACAAACAACCAGCAGACAAACACAGCACACGGGACCAUUACAUUGUCCACAUAAGCUGUUUGUCAGGAUGCGGGUGUUGCUGUGCAGUUUUCUGCUCCUGCUGGGAGGAGAUGUUUUCCUGGCCUGCUCCCUGAAGAAUUAUACUCUGUAUGUGGAGAAACACGAGUGCGGACACUGCAUGGCCAUCAACACCACCGUCUGCAGCGGCAUGUGCUUCACACGGGACACAAAUGUUCGAGGGUUUGUGGGCAAGCGUUUCCUGCUCCAGCAGAGCUGUAUGCACCGCUCUCUGGUGUACCGCUCUGCCAGGAUGCCCGGCUGCCCCGACCACAUCGACCCGCUCUUCUUCUACCCGGUGGCCCGGCGAUGCAACUGCACCAAAUGCAACACCAGCCGGAAUGAGUGUGUGUUCAGACACACACAUACACACAACAGAUGCUCCGAGCAGCUGCGCACGGUCUGAACACCCAUAUUUUAAGUGUUUCCUAUUUAUUUCUGGUGGUGAACGGCAUUAUGGGAUGUUGAUCUCUGCUCUGUCCACUUCUGAUGAUGAAUAUUCAACUCUACAGUUUAAUAAAGAGACUUUUAUUGACAUUUUAGUGGUUUGAGAUAAUAUCAGAGAUAAUAUGUAGAGAAAUAAGUGUGUAGAAUAACAGAACAUGUGCUGCAGUUUAUUACAAGCUUUCUGUAGUGUAAUAUACAACACCAACACACACUAUACAGCACUGCACACUAUUACACAUGAGCAGAACACACACUAUACAGCACUGCACACUAUUACACAUGAGCAGAACACACACUAUACAGCACUACACACUAUUACACAUGAGCAGAACACACACUAUACAGCACUGCACACUAUUACACAUGAGCAGAACACACACUAUACAGCACUGCACACUAUUACACAUGAGCAGAACACACACUAUACAGCACUACACACUAUUACACAUGAG